AUCUUUAUUGUCUCCAAUUGCUUGUUGGUUUUUCUUGAGUAGAAAAGUGGAAGAGAACUGUGGAAGCUGUGAAGCCAACAUUUUCUGCAACUCUAAAGUUUUCUUUUUUCUUGUUUAACUUUGUUGAAUAAAUUCUAAGACUUCAGACUCCAACCUUUAUUUUUCUUUUCCAGUUUUUUUCCAAGGUUAGGGUUUGCAGCUUCUCGAUUUCUUGUUGUUUUCUGAACUAAAUCUAUCUGAAAUUCGGGUGUGAUCUUUGCAUUUAUGUGUCAGUUCUUUAAUUUGUGGAACUGUGAAAUCUUAGCCGCUAAGUAUGGCGUAGCCUUUGUUAAAUUGGAAGAAUCUUGGGGUUGUAAAGUCAGUGGAGCCCUUCUCGGGAUAAUGGCCUUGUUUGAAGACGAAUUUUUCUGACGGGUGGAGGCUGCAGAGUUCAUUAGGCUAAAGAGGGUUCGUUAAUAUCGGUAACUUUUGAUGCAGAAGGAAUUUUGGCAAGGAAAAGCUGAGUUCUCGAAGUGUGAGUAGGUGGAGAUUGGCCAUGGGUUACUUGAAUUGGCAGAUCUAUGCUCGCAUCUACUUUGGUUUUGUUGUGAUUUUGACUGCCCAAUUUACUCGCGGAUACACUGACCCGCGAGAUGUUUUUGCGAUCAAUAGCUUGUAUGCCUCGCUGGGCUACCCUGUGCUUCCUGGAUGGAUUCCAAAUGGAGGGGACCCAUGUUUGGAGUUAUGGCAAGGUGUCCAAUGCGUUAAUGCAAACAUAACCAAAAUAGUCCUGAAUGGGGCAAAUUUGGGAGGGGUAUUGGGUGAUAACUUGGGGUCUUUUUCUUCUAUUAUAGCAAUCAGAGAUUUGAGCAACAACCAUAUUGGAGGGAGUAUUCCAUCCAAUUUACCCAUUACCAUGCAGAACUUUUUUCUUUCAGCUAACAAUUUCACGGGAAGUAUCCCAACUUCUUUAGCCUCACUUACUCUAUUGUCAGACAUGUCACUCAAUAAUAAUCUUUUGACGGGAGAAAUACCAGAUGCUUUUCAAAGUCUUCCAGGAUUGAUUAAUCUGGAUCUUUCUGCUAACAAUCUAAGUGGAAAAUUGCCACCCUCAAUGGGAAGCUUGUCUUCUCUAACAACCUUUCACUUGCAGAAUAAUCAGCUUUCUGGGACCCUCGAUGUUCUCCAAGAUCUCCCCCUUAGAGAUUUGAAUAUAGAGAAUAAUCUGUUCUCUGGACCUAUACCUGAAAAGCUGCUGAGUAUUCCGAAUUUCAAGAAGGAUGGCAAUCCAUUCAACACUAGCAUUGCUCCAUCGUCCGCACCCUUGUCUCCAUCUCAAGCGCCUCUUCCUUCUGGGGCACCAUCUUCUGAAGUACCACCGGGGAAGCAGGCAAAUAAACCAUCUUCAUCGGAAGAAUCAAGCCCAACAUCAAGCCCAGCAAGAAAAAAUAAAUUUUUGACAACUAAAAGGCUUGUCUGGAUUGUAAUUGCAGGGGUGUUAGUAUUUAUUGUGCUUGUAUUAGGAUGUGUUUUUUUCAUGGGAAGUUGUUCCAGAGAAAGGGAAGAGGCUGACAUAUUUGCCAAGAGGAGUGAAGUUGGUGCUAAUAAAGGUCCCAAAGAGAGGCCUAGAGACAAUGGAUCCAUGGCUCAACCAAAUAAUCAAAUAGAUAAAGUUUUGUAUCCAGUUUCAGAUGCAGCACUUGUGAGGCCAAAGGAUGAACAUGAAAUAGAUAUUGGAAGAGUGGCUGCUGUUCCAAAAAGAAAUUACUCCGAGGAGACAGAUACUAAAAGAAGGGGUGAGAUUCCGAAGCAAAAGGAAGAUCAUUAUAUGGAUAUGUUUCUAAUACCACCACCACCACCUCCUCCCCCACCCCCUCCUCCUCCUCCUCCUCCCCCUCCUUUUCCACCUGUUGAGAAUGUCAUUGUGAAGCCAAUAUCUUCCCCUAACACUAUCAAAGGGAGCAGUCCCACUAAAAAUCUGAAUCUCCCCACUUCUGUAAGGUCUUUCACCAUUGCAUCACUUCAGCAAUAUACAAACAGCUUUUCUCAAGAAAAUUUUAUUGGAGGAGGCAUGCUGGGAAGUGUUUAUCGGGCAGAACUUCCUGAUGGGAAGUUACUGGCAGUGAAGAAACUGGACAAUGUUAGGCAGACAGAUGAAGAGUUCCUUGAACUGGUGUCCAGUAUUGCUAAACUUAGGCAUGCCAAUGUUGUUGAGCUUGUGGGUUACUGUGCUGAGCAUGGGCAACGGCUACUCAUCUAUGAAUAUUGCAGUAACGGGACAGUCCAUGAUGCACUGCACUCUGAUGAUGAACUCACUAGAAAACUCUCAUGGAAUGCCCGAAUCCGAGUGGCCCUUGGAGCUGCAAGAGCUUUAGAGUACCUGCAUGAGGCCUGUCAACCACCUAUUGUUCACCGGAAUUUCAAGUCAACCAAUAUUCUCCUUGAUGAUGAACUUGCGGCAUGUGUUUCUGAUUGUGGUUUGGCUCCUCUGAUGUCUUCUAGAUCCGUAAGUCAGUUAUCAGGACACCUCCUAGCAGCUUAUGGAUAUGCUGCUCCAGAAUUCGAGUCAGGAAUUUACACUUGCCAGAGUGAUGUUUACAGCUUUGGUGUCGUAAUGUUAGAACUGCUUACAGGGCGGAAGUCCUAUGACAGGUCACAGCCUCGGGGGGAGCAAUUUCUGGUGAGAUGGGCAAUCCCUCAACUUCAUGAUAUAGACGCAUUGUCAAGGAUGGUUGAUCCUUCUCUUAAUGGAGCAUACCCUGCUAAAUCUUUAUCACGUUUUGCUGACAUUAUCUAUCUAUGUGUCCAGCAAGAGCCGGAAUUCCGGCCACCAAUGUCUGAAAUUGUGCAGAACCUUUUACACAUGAUACAGAGGGAGUCCCCAUCCCCCAGUAGGACAUCAAGUGUGGACUGAUUUAGGUUAGAAAUUUGAGCACUACUGCGGUCACCUUAUGAAUGGCCAGCUUGUAGGGACACUAUGCAGGAAACAGUUCAUCGAGGACAGGCUUUCCACUGUUAACUGCAGCAAACCUGUUGCCUCUAAUAACAUCACAACAGUUCAUAUAUAGCCUUAGAGGACUCAUUUGUGUCGAAGCUAAGCCAAUUUCUUUUUAUUUUUUUAUUUGUGUGAUUAAUUCUUUUCUAUGGCAAUUUUUUAUAUAAUAUAGCAGUGCAAUGCUUCAAUUUCUUUUGUGGAUAAAGUGAAAUAA